AUAAAAGCGAAAGUUUAUAUUUAGUGGGGUUGCUCGUUGAUUCGUGAUAUUCCCAAUUUGCGGGAAUACUGACGACGAAUGAAAUUGUGAAGACGCGUAUAUUAUGGCGAAUCAUCAUCCCGCAUACGAUUUCGAGGAUAAGAGCCAAAGAAUACGCCACCGGGUUGGCACCACGUCGAGAAUCGCAGAUUCUACUGUAGCAUGCACCAGUACUCAAUAUUUUGUGGGACCCAGUAAUGAUAUUACUGAGGAAGAUUUGGCAGAAUUACCUUCAUGUGUUUAUGCAGGAAGAUCCACGCAGCAUGUCACGCACACGUCACCACAUACACAUUCUCCCUUGCAUUACCAUAUGCCAGUUUCAACGCCAGAUCAUAAUGACACGGAGAUGAAUGGUGUAGAAGAAGGUUAUUAUCCAAAUGGUAGCCCUUACAGAAUUCAACGACACGCCGCUAAUAUUCGUGAAAGAAAACGUAUGCUCAGCAGCAUCAACUCGGCUUUCGACGAGCUCCGGGUCCAUGUGCCGACGUUUCCCUAUGAAAAGAGACUGUCAAAGAUCGAUACCUUGCGCUUGGCUAUUGCGUAUAUCGCGUUGUUGCGCGAGGUCUUAGCGGCCAGGCUCGAUCCUUUGACGUAUGUCGAGAGGUGCCUUAGGGGUGAGAUAAAUGGCGAACGCGCCGAAUGGAACACAAGCGGUAUAUAUAUGUUAAUGGAGGUAUCGCCGAAGAACUUGCUCGAGCAAUGCUCCUUUCAAGAGAAAAGAGAAAUCUCUAAAGACAUCGAUGUCGAAAACACGAAUUAUGUUCCCUGUCACGAUUUGAUCUCGAGUUCAGCGUCGACUGGUCAUAUUCAAAAGGAAAUAUUUGACAGAAAGACGGAGGUGAUUUUAUUGGAGCAAGAAUCAGGGAGAGAUCAUCGUGAAACAGCAAGUCGCCAGGUGAUCGAGCUGAGCGACAGCGACUCCAAGAUGAUCCUACGACAACAAUUUGGAGAAAUGACAGAGAGUGGAAAUUCAAAUUUGCAAAGUGACGCGACGUAUGAAAACAUGGAAAUUCUACGAAAACUACCGCCAGAUACAGUCGUGAUAAGACAAAAAGCAAGGACAAAUAGGGAGGAUAGCGAUUAUAGAGAGUUGAUAGAGACGAAUAGCAGUGGAAGCAGCUCGACAUCCGGUUGCACAGCUGCUAAAGCAAAAAGAUUCACCCGAGCCAUCAGAAACAAAACUCGUGAAACGGUAGAGGUUAGACGAAAUCCCAUGCGGGUAUCUAAGAAGAACAUUGAUAAGGAUUUCCCUCGAUCUAAACAACGAUUAUUAGUCAAUAGUAGGAGAGAAAUUCGCACAAAUUAUGAAACCAGCAAACGUAUUAAAUCAGGCACGAUGCCUUACAUGAAAACUAGAUCGGUCACUCGGAAAAUGUAUACUGUAGGUGCAACUUAUCAGGCACCUACCAAAAAAGAUGAAACUGAAUGGAAGGAAUGGCCUGUGCAUGGAAUGCACGAAAGACCGAUUUACCAUCCCCAAGCUGGUCUAGCAGUGGAGUACCUAGGAAGAUGUUUUACCAGCCUCGAUGGAUUAUCCUACUGUGAGAUUAUCGACGAGCCGGAAAUCGAAGUGGUCGCCGUUGAUCCGCAUCGCGAUCGACGAGACCCUUCUAUUUCUGUCGAGAAGAAGCCAAAAGGAAGAACGAAAGGGAAAAGUAGAUGUUCGUCGAAUGCCAAAGAUAUAUGUAAUACUUACUUUUCCGCGGAGGAUAAGACCUUCGAGACAUGCAUGCACGGAAGUCUUCACUGCGUGCUCGGUUAUUGCUCGCAAGUUAUGACACCAGCAUACAAGCAAGCUGUGGAAGAGACGAUGAAAUUGACAGUUUCCGCACCUAAGACGAGCUCUUCGGAAACAUCAGCAAAGGAAACGGCAAAUGUCAUGUAUAACGCCACGAGUUCCUCAGAGAAUGUCGCUAAAUUCGCCGAAAAAGCAAAGUUAAUUGAAGCCAUUGCUAUAGCGCAGAACGUACAGAAGAAAAAUGUCAUGAAUAACACAAACGGUCGAAGAACCAUUGCGACUUAUCCGUCAUCUUCAGCAACGUAUAUACCAGAGACACAGAGAUCGAUUGUAGAGAGCGAUGGCUCGAAAAUUAUUUCGCAGAGCGGAGAGAUGAUCAGAAUGAAUUUAAAACGGAUUUUGCGAGACGCUUCAAACAGCUCUUUGAUCUUGCUAAGGAAUUCGGCUACGAAAACGAGCGGCGAAGACUGCACAGCAACUGCAAAGGAUGUCUUAAAUCCAACCAAGUUGGAAGACGUGUCUAUCGACGACAAGGCACUGAAAAACAUGUCAUCGAUCUAUAAAAAGCUGGUUUUGGCGGGCGAGCCGGCUUUAGGCCGCGAAGAGUCAUCAAUGAAAAAUAAUUUGUACACCUUGAAGAGAUAUUCUACAAACACACGAGAGAAUAUAGUAAAGAAAACUUUUCUGGAGAAUCAGUUGGAGAACGAGAAAACUGUCCAUGCUACGAAAGAAAGUCACAAAAAUAGAUCCGCUGAUAAAAUAAAGAUUAACAGAGAGUCAAAUGAUGAAAUGCUGAUGAUGAGUUCCGGCAAGAAUAGUAUGCAAUGCGCCAGUGAGACCUCAGAGAUCGCCAGAAUCCUAUCAGAAUACAACAAUAGCACAUUGAGAAAAUCUGUGAUGCAUAAUCGAAUUUAUGAUUCAAGAAGUAUGAAAGCAAAUAUGUCGAAUACAAGCGCCAAAGCUUUGCCGAAGGAUUUCUGGCAAAAAAAUAUAACAGCAGAAGAAAAUCAAAACUUCACAAUUCCGGAUAUAAAUGCGGAUCUUGAUCUCUUGCAGGAAAAAUGGAAGAGAUAUAAUCUGACGCUAGGAGAAAAGAGCAAAAAUAAUGAGAUUGCCAACAGCGUUCAAAAUGCUCGAAACAGUUGUUCGAUAUCAUCAGAGAAUAACCAAGUCCCUUUUAUAGAUCGACAGACGAGUCUAAACGCAUUAAAACACGUGAGAGAAAAAUCUGCUAAAACAUUUAAAGAGCACGAAAUUGUUAUGACUAAAGCAACACCGCAGGAAGGUAAAUCGGAGCAUUCAAAAGACGAAAUUGAAGUCUCGACGACAGAACCGCUGCAGGAAUUACUGGAGAACACUGCGAUCUUAUAUUGUGCCGCCAAUGGGGUUCACCAAGACGACCUAUCGAACUAUAUUGACACUCUUGACAGCAAGCAGAGCAUUCAAUGGCUAGAGAGCUGGAAUAAGUCGGUCGUGUAAAAAAUUGAAGAUAAAAUAAUAUUUUACUAUAUACGAUAUUAUAUCGUUAAAUUUAAAGUUAUAUUUACUUAUUAUAAAGAAAUUUUUAUCUACAAGAUAAUUUCGUAGAUCAAUUUACUUAUA